UGCAGAAAUCCUCACAAGCUGCGCGGCUACGUCGGUUGUUUUCCUGAGAGCCGCCCGGGGUUCCCACUCGUCACCGCUCAACUCCACCACCAACACGGCCAAAAAACCGGACACUGCGGCGGUGCCCCAGACGGACCAUCGGGUUACAGAUGGACGAGCAGGACCAGCCCUAUAUGUUUGCCAGUCUGACACGGCCGCACUCGGAGCAGCUGCUCCAAGGACUACAGCUCUUGCGGCAGGAUCACGAACUAUGUGACAUUGUACUUCGUGUGGGUGAUGCCAAGAUUCAUGCCCACAAAGUAGUCCUGGCCAGCAUCAGUCCGUACUUCAAGGCCAUGUUUACAGGUAACCUGUCCGAAAAGGAGACGGCUGAAGUUGAGUUCCAGUGUAUAGAUGAGACCGCUCUGCAGGCCAUCGUUGAAUAUGCCUACACGGGCACAGUCUUUAUUUCCCAGGAAACAGUGGAGUCCCUGCUACCAGCCGCCAACCUACUCCAAGUCAAACUAGUACUAAAGGAGUGCUGUUCUUUCUUGGAGAGCCAGCUGGAUGCUGGGAACUGUAUAGGCAUCUCCCGCUUUGCAGAGACCUACGGCUGCCAUGAUCUUUGUCUGGCGGCGACUAAAUUUAUUUGUGAGAAUUUUGAAGAAGUUUGUCAAACGGAGGAGUUUUUCGAACUCACGAGAGCAGAAUUGGAUGAAAUAGUUUCCAAUGACUGUUUAAAGGUGGUAACAGAAGAGACGGUCUUCUACGCCUUGGAGUCGUGGAUUAAAUACGACGUGACUGAGCGACAGCAGCAUCUCGCUCAGCUUCUGCACUGUGUGCGACUUCCUCUUCUCAGCGUCAAGUUUCUCACUCGCCUAUAUGAAGCAAACCACCUGAUACGGGACGAUCACGCGUGCAAGCACCUGCUCAACGAAGCCCUUAAAUAUCAUUUUAUGCCUGAGCACCGUCUGUCCUAUCAAACUGUGCUUUCCGCACGCCCCAGGUGCGCCCCGAAGGUGCUGCUGGCUGUGGGAGGCAAGGCUGGCCUGUUUGCCACCUUGGAAAGCAUGGAAAUGUAUUUCCCUCAGACUGAUUCGUGGAUUGGACUAGCCCCUCUUAGUGUACCCAGAUAUGAGUUUGGCGUUGCAGUGUUGGACCACCGGGUGUAUGUCGUUGGAGGCAUCGCGACACACAUGAGGCAAGGCAUCAGCUACAGGAGGCAUGAAAGAACUGUGGAGAGUUGGGACCCCGAGAGCAACACGUGGUGUUCGGUGGAGCACAUGGCGGAGUGUCGCAGCACCCUCGGAGUGGUGGUGCUGGCUGGAGAGCUGUACGCUUUAGGAGGCUACGAUGGACAGUAUUAUCUUCAGUCAGUGGAGAAAUAUGUCCCGAAGUUGAAAGAGUGGCAGCCUGUCGCACCAAUGACUAAGUCCCGCAGCUGCUUUGCGACGGCUGUUCUGGAUGGCAUGGUGUAUGCAAUCGGAGGCUACGGACCAGCACACAUGAACAGCGUGGAAAGAUACGACCCGAGCAAGGACGCCUGGGAAAUGGUAGCCCCCAUGGCUGACAAGAGGAUCAACUUCGGAGUCGGGGUCAUGCUCGGCUUCAUAUUCGUGGUCGGGGGACACAACGGGGUGUCUCACCUCUCCAGCAUCGAGAGGUACGACCCGCAUCAGAACCAGUGGACCGCCUGCCGACCAAUGAAUGACCCACGAACUGGUGUGGGCUCAGCUAUAGUGGACAACUACCUCUAUGUGGUGGGAGGACACUCUGGAUCUUCAUACCUAAACACGGUCCAGCGUUACGACCCCAUCUCAGACAGCUGGUUGGACUCCACCGGCAUGAUGUAUUGCCGCUGUAAUUUCGGGCUCACGUCCCUUUGACCCAUGGCGCAGCCGGCUUGGGCUCAAUAAAAGAACUGGGACAUGUUUCUUUUUAGUUCUCGGCGCCUCCUUCCUGCUGUUGAGCUGCCAGGUGCAACAGCGUGGUGCACUCUGAGGCCAACAACUGGUACGACCAGCCGGCUGGACGGGUGAUCCGGGCCGGCUGUCGGGUCUCGGGGGCCAACCACUGACACGAACGAGGCUGACGGCGCCACCACCGCUGGACCGUGCGGAAGAUUCCGAGCCAUGUUUCCGAGGAGUUUGUGUCACUUUAAUAAUCGUCAUUAAGUUAUGUUUCCCUGAUGCCAUUAAUUUAAGUUCCACCAUUGUUGUGCUGUUUGCUUGUCCAUGUGAUUGUUCGCCGCCACGUGUGUAUGUUUCUACUCGAGAGGUACGUGCAUGUCAAAUACGAUUGUUCUCUUUGUUUUCCGUCACAGUUCCGCACCCAAACCAGUGCUUCACAGAAAGAUGGAAUCUUUAUACUUUCUCUCAAAAGGGCUGCCAUUCUCUUCUCUGUAAAUAGAUGGACAUAUACAUGUGUACGACUAUAUCCUCCAGUGCGCUGCCUGUAACCGUUGAACCGCACUGGCUGUGAAUGUGUGUGCGCUCCAUUCCCAAUGUUGAGCUCAGCGAUGGAUUUUCUCUGUCGGCUUGUUUCAGAUCCAUCCAGAUGUUGUAGCUUUUGUCACCUGAGGGCAGGUUCUGUUGGACACGACCCUGUUCGCACCCUUUGGUCUGCACACGAUGCCAACUGGUGCUAUAUUUACAAGUCAGGAUUCAGCUGUCGUCUGUAUCGACUCACACCAUCAGGCCAGUCUGUUACACUCACACGCAUAUUUCAUGUGGUCGCUCCCCUCUUUUCCAUGAUAGUAACAGCGUCUAAAAGUAGGGGCUAGUUGCAUCAUGUUCUCUGUCCUGCUACCUUGGACCUAGAUUUAGAACCGUUUUGAAUCUGUCUAGCAAAGUUGACAGAUGAUCUGAGUGAUACUCCAGCUGAUCUGUACUACCAAGGGGGCGCAAGAGAGCAGUUUUGAUCUGCUCUCAAGCUUACGUUAGGUACUGUUGGAAGUCAAGUUUGAAGGGAAGGACUAGUUGGAGGAGGUCUGUCAUCCACAACACUCAGAGUAGAACAUGUUUUUUUUUUGUUUGUUUUUUUUCUUAACUUCAGAAUGGUGCCAUCUACAGGACACACCAUGCACAGCAAUAGACUUUGUUCCGUUUAAGUCACUGUUCCUGUUUUUUUUCCUACCCUGGUUUUGGAGCUCAACAUUUCCAUUACCAAAAUCUUGUUUGCGUUUUUUAUCUGAGAGCAUUUAGACGAUGCAAUAAGUUCAUUCAUCCGUCGUCAGUCUUCUGCGCUUGACAAGACUUUCUCUUCACAUGUAGCUGUCCCACGAAUUUCCUAAUCUGGGACUGAGAUUUUAACAAAGCGCUGCACAUCAGAGCAGUUUUUUUUAUUUCUCAAACUUGAAGCAUCCUUUCAUUUCAAGUUCAUUUUAGAAAUUCCUGAGGCUCAACAAAAACCUCUUAUCCCGAACCCUCCUUAUCUACAUUCUUUAAUCCAGAAGUUGCAUCAUCUGACUCAUAAAUAUGUACUUUCACGCUUAAAUUCCUCACCUGAGAAGUAGAGCCAUGUGUUCAGGAAUCAUGGGAUGCAUUUGAGGAGUUAUGAGCACGUUUGUGGUUGUUAAAAGUAACUUCAACGCUAAGAGUGGAUCAAUAUUUGCUCAGUUAAUAAUUUUAUUUGUUGAAAUUGGAAACCAAGAUUUUAAGUGAUGAAAAUGCUGCGUUAGCAAAAUAAUAAGAGUUAGCCUAGCUAGCUUGUCCCUAUUAUUUAAUGUGCUGGCAGCCAUUUUGUUUGACAUUUUCGGGGUUUAGUGUCGACUGUCCUGAUACAGGUUUGCCUUUGAUCAGUGAGACGGUCGAUCUGUUUUUUUUUUUUUUCUAUAUUAUUUUUUUUUGUUGUUGUAUAGCUACAGCGCUAAUCACGCUGGCGUGAGGAUGUGCUGCUAAAACGACUUUGGUAGAAAUCAGCAAACGUUACUCUGCAAAAAGAAAAGGGAUGUUCGAGUUCAACCGCGUGUUUCCGAUCAAGGCCUAACCAAUGUCUUUGCCACACUCUCACCAAAGUGCUCAUUCAAAGAUGGCGGACCAACUCUGGUCACUGACGUUGGUGUCUGAGAGAAAAUCCUUUAAAAAAAACAGCCGUCAUUGUUCGCCAAAUUCAUGCUUCUUUUACAUUUCCUGUCUGGAGUGAGUGAGUUUUUCAUCAUCAAUACUGAAAGACAACUGUAGGUGUAGGAACCGUAGCCUUUCACAUCUGACCAUGUUUUAAGUGACGACAUUUUAGUCCGUUUGUGUGGUGCAGUCGUACCAGUUUCAAAUAAAUGCCUGCC